CUGCGGUCCUAGUCCGUUGAGAUUCAAAGUAGUCAGCUCUCAGAGUGGUCUGUUUCUGCCUUUUCAGCAACUACCGCUCCUCUCCCAACCCGCAGAACCUUGGAUGUUUGUUUCACUACCUAGUAGUAUUGCCAACAGAAGAAGUUAUCAAAAUUUCCCAGACUCGGCAGCGAAUAAGACAGGCGGAGCGCGAAGAAGCAUCCCUCCAACAGCAAACCAGGAAAGCUGUUUCCCAUAAGGGGAUCCAAGGGUAGAAGAUUGUAGAGUCUCAACACAUAGGGACCCUCAACUUUCUGCAACACUGCUCCCGAAACAGGCGUUUGUUCGUUCCAUUUGGAACAAGUUCCCCUACUCCAUCUUCUAGACUUGCUGGAAACAGACAACUUGAUGUCUGCUGUCAAGUUUGAGUACCCGACCUAUAAGCUGUUCGAGCCUCAAUAUCACCAGAGGCCAAUCAUCGUCGACGCUGACGCGCUCGAGUCUCCUGAGACGGUGAUCCUCCGUUACGAGGAAGAGGCGGCCGCUAGAGCGAACGGAGGAGACCUUCGUGGGGAUUCCCCGCCUGGUCUCCUAUCUAUGCCCGCAUAUUCAAAACCUCAACCGCCCCAGAUGCAUGCGUUUGAUUCACCAAGAUCCUACCAAGAUCCCCAGUAUCAGUACUCGGCUCAGCACUUCGCGGCUCAGCAGUCUGAAAAUGCCGCCGCGCAGCUUAACCAGAUGGCCUUCGCGGCAAACGGCUCGGCGGGCCAGUACAUGGAGCCGGUCGUGGCCACGCUGACCUCGUACCAGCCGACGGCGGGCAUGUUUGGAACCAAGGUAUUGAUCAAGAUAACAGCUCCGUACGAUCUGAUCGCGAUCACGAGCCACUUCUUCUUAGCAUUCGGAUCGCACAAGAGCCCGGCACACGCUAUCAGGGACACGGGGGACGCGAGCGGCUUUGGCUAUGCUGUCAGCGGAGACGCACCGCAGUUUGAAGACACGCGGAGUCCAAGCGCCAACGUGCCUUUAUCACUCCUGAUCGAGAGUGCGACAGGGCAGACUUUGGCAACUAUAGACGUAGGCACGUUCGCAUAUCAUAACACUCCAGCCGGGACCACAGGUGGCCCGCCUGAGAGCGUCACGCGCGUCAAGGGGGGGUCCAGGUCACCUGAGCAGAGGCAGAGCCCUACAAAAGAGGAGGACCAGGAGCAGCUGGCAACCGACACAGCUACAAAUACGUACGGCUACGCUCCCACCGCACAACAAGCCGUCGCACCCAACUAUGACCCCGGCUACACCAACAACGACAGUAUGAUAGGGACUUACCACCGCUCGUCUUACGCGCUCGACUAUCCUCGUCCGCCCCCGCCGCCGCCUCUGAAGACGCCUUCGUGGAGCCAGUACGCGCACACCCUCUCCGGACGAAGUCCCGCCAUACAUCACACGACGAUCCCUCGACCUAGCAGCAUCACGACCUUACCAGUGCCGACUUCCAGCGCGCCGCAGCUAAUACGCACCAGCACCCUGCAGGCGUCUGGAUCGUCGGGCGGGGGCCAGUUGAACCCCUACGCCCUCUACUCCACUAAAGCGAUAUUGGAGAUAAAUGGAGAUCUCGAGUCGAUGGCAUCCGGGUGGACCCAGGAGGAGUGGGAAAACCGGAGGCGGAUAGUGAUGUUCAGCAAGAAGCAAAGGGGCUCGACCCUUACGACGUCGUUCAAGCCUGUGGCGGCCAACGACAGACCGCCAAACAGCAUCUGCAUCAGCUGCAUCUACUGGGCCGAGAAGGAGGAAUGCUACGUUACCAGCGUCGACACCAUAUCCCUGCUGGAGCAGCUCGUGGCCGCGCCGGGGAGGUUCUCGGUCGAGGAGAAGAACCGGAUCCGCCGCAAUCUCGAGGGGUUCCGCCCCCUGACGGUUAGCAAAGCGAAAUCCGAUAGCGAGGAGUUCUUCAAGGUCAUCAUGGGCUUCCCGGCACCCAAGCCGCGCAAUAUCGAGAAAGAUGUCAAGGUGUUCCCCUGGAAGAUUCUAGGCUCGGCGCUUAAGAAAAUCAUCUCCAAAUACGUGAGUUUUGACUCUGAUGCAUCUUUCCUGCAUCUAAUCUGCAUCUAAUCUCCUUAAGCUCCAUCUUGUUAUCUCGAACCCUUGUUUCACAUAUAGAUUUUCGAACGGCAUAUUUGUCAUGGAUUUUCUACGCGCUACGAGAGAGCCGUGCCCUUUUUUUUGUUUUUUCCUUUGGUCAAAUUUCAGCUUUGCCUUAGAUCCCUUCCGAAUACAGACUUGACA